AUAAUAAUUGUUUGGUCGAAACUUCACAGCUUAUUUCACAACAAACUGCGGUAAGCUUUUUUUAAAGUUAUUUAUUUACAUAUAUUAUACCGACAUACAUGCGUAUACCGAUACAGCGAUAUGUCUCAUUCCACAUAUAUGUAUAAAAUGCAGAAAAACUACACCACACACGUGUGUAUCGUACACCACAUAUACACGACAAAUAGAAAGCUAACUGAAUCAAAUGGCGUGAAUAUUUGUGAAUAAUUGUAUUUAUUCAUCGUAUCACAUUAUAAAUACAAUCUAUUAUCACUCAUCUCACAAAAAUUUCGAAAUAGAAAAUGCAACCGAGUCCUACGAUGGAACGCGGAGAUGGAUGCGGUGACAACAUCGAAAAACCUCCGUCCUAUUUACCUCAGCCCGAGGAUGAUUAUCCAUUGAAACCUGAAUGCUCGAUUGAACCGUUUGGUUCAUGUGCUACAGGCUGUGUAACGUGUUCUACUAAAGGUGGAAUCACAGGUUUAAGACCAGUUGUGGAUCAAUAUUCUAUCACUCGUUAUGGACCAAGCGAAUGGCGGGCGCAUAAUUUAAAUAUCUUUCAGCAAUCGAAUGAGAAAAUUUGUGAUGCUCAAGUCACGGCCAGCAAUGCGAAGCAAUGCGUAAAACAAACGUACGCAGCAGCUGAUAAAACGCAAUUAGAGACGACGGAACAUUUAAAAACGCGGGCUAACGUGGUCUAUCAUUGGAAGGCGGAAUUGGAACAUGCGAUCGCUGCCAACGUGGAAGAAAUAGGAUUGUUGGAGGCUGAGCGUCGUCGAGUACAGAGAUCUUUGUCAAUAUUGACCAUUCCAGCAUCUAUCGCAAAUGAGUUUUUGCAGUUACGCUCCUCUCGCUUAGAGUCGGAUCUCGUCCGCGACAACGUUGAGGAGCAACUAACAAAGGAAAUAGCGCUUUGUUCCGAGAUACGAAAUUUAUUAAGUCGAACUCACGAACAGAUUGAGACGCAGAUGAUUGAAUUAAAGACCGUCAAGGCGCGGAUGGAAAGCGAUUGGUCUGAUAAAGUUCAUACUUAUAACAUAGACUCUUUGUGUGUGAAUUUAUCUAACGAUUCUCCGCUUUUGUUGUGGAAAGCUGGAGUUACGAGAAUUCCAGCCGAUCAGUCAACUCCUACAAGUUAUGAACAAUUCACGCGAGAAGCACUAGCCGCCGGCGAAAGUGCUAGAGAAAGAUCCAUAAAUUUAAGAUCGACUUUGAACAAAAUAUAUAUUAGUUCCGUUAAAGACCUACGCGAUCAAGCAACUUGCGUUGACAUUGCACUCGCGGAAAACGUGAAACUUACGCAAGAUUGUCUUCAGCAAUUAGAGAAGGAAUUACUUCGCUGCUUGGAUGAACUAGGGAGUACGGAAAAACUGAUUGAAGAACUUCGGGAUUCAACGAAAGGAUUAAAUAAUGCCAUGAAAUUAGCACAAACAAGAUUGGAUAAUAGAUUGAAUCGAUGUAAUGUUGAAAGUUGUCGAGAUGCACCUCAAUUUGCUCUUAUUGAAGAAGUGAAAUCUCUUGGCGAACGCACUUCCGCUAUAUUGGCAGAAUUAAAACGCGCUGAGGAAUCUCAGGCGAAAUUAGUCGAGACAAGAGAAGAGAAACAAAUACCGCAUUCUGUGAAACGUGACCCGGUGCAAGAGGCAGUGGAUAUAGCACAGGAGGAGGAAAAGAAAGAUGUGAAUUUGGAGGUUCUCGAAGACGUUGAGGAAACAGCUCGGCAACCAGUUUAUCAAAUUCGACCGCAUCUUCAUGAAAAAUUUAAACCUCUAAGUGCAAAAGAGAUAAUACACGAUGUAUUGUUUGAUCAACUCGCUACGAAAUCAUAUGAUGCACAGGCAGCUGCUCAAUGGACCAAAGAUAUAGCAGAUGUUAUCGAAAGAAGAAUCAAAGACUUACAGUUUAAAAGAUAUAAAUACAUUGUCAAUGUGGUUUUGGGACAACAACAUGGUGCGGGUGUAAAAAUAGGCACAAGAUGCAUCUGGGAUGCAGAAGCUGAUACAUAUGCUUAUGAUAGUUUUAUCAAUGAUACUAUAUUCUGUAUGGCUAUAGUAUAUGCAGUUUAUUUUUAUUAGAAAGACAUUUUCUGAAGAAAAACGCAUAUGAAUAAAAUGCAUGAGUGGAAAAAUAUCAUUAUUUAAAAAUGUCAAUUUUAUUAAAAUACAAUCUAUUAUCAUACGUAUUAACACAUAUGCAACACAUGUUAUAUAACAUGUUAUUGUAUAUGACAUAAUACAAUUUUUACAUAUAAUUACAAAUAGCAUUUGUGUUCAGAAACAGAGGCAUAUACAUGAUUAUGUUUGCAAUGAUAUAUUUUUCAUUUAAAUGGUUCUUUUUAAUACUAAAAUUAUUAUAGCACCAUAAUUCACGGUAAUAUAGUAUAAUUAAAAGUUAUUUAUCCUACUUGUUACAGUACUUAUUGUCAUGAUUUGUUUGCUUCAUACAUAUUUUUAAUAAAUUACUUUUGA